GUGCGGGUGAGAACAGAAGAAGAAGCCUCUGGAAGAAGCGUAGAGGAAAACCUAACUGCACACCUGAACUGAGCUCAAAUCCACCAUUUCUCAAUCUCUCUCUCAAAUUCUCCGCAAGAUUCAGUUAACCGUGCUCUGAUUCCAGCUUCUAGAUAUGUGUCAGAUGAAUUUGGUGAAACUGAUGAUCAGAUAGUGCCUCCAGCCGGUGACAGGCAUAAGGACCAGUCCACAAUACAGUGUGAUAGCUGUAAGAAAUCACUUCAUGAACUGCUGAUUAUGUGAGUAGCUAUUGUACUCAGGGUAAAGAGGGAUUGUCUCAACAAAUCUGAAUAAAUAAGAAAGAAUGUCGGAGAAAGGUUCAUGGUCUCACAAACCUGAAGAUCUGCUUUCUCCAUGUGUUGGUGAUUCAUGCAAAGAACAGAAAAGGGAAACAUCAGAUAAUAGAAGUAUGUCUGAUCAUUAUUUCAAGAGCAGCAAUUUAGAUUCUACUGGUGGUGAACUUUGUGCGGAUGAUACUAUCUUAGGAGACAAGUGUUUGAUGGAGGAUGAUACUGUGUCUCAAUAUUCAAUCAGUCACAUAUCUCAACCUGAUAAUGAACUUAGCUUCCUUGAUAAUGAUGGGUGGCUUGAUUUUGGAAACUUUGAAGAUAUUGAUAGGACGAUGCUAAAUUGUGACUUAACUUUUGGAAUGGGGAGCCUCAAUAAUGAAGAGGAGUUCUGCUGGCUCUCAUCUUCACAUGGAACUGAGGGAUCUGAUGAUGCACUGAAAUCUGACUUCAAGUUUUCAUCUGCUGAAGCAAGUCCAUUCAAAAGUAUAUCAGAUAAUAAUAUCAACCCAAAUGAAAAUAUUGAAGGUCUGACAAUUCAUGAUUGCAGCAGAAAGGCAUCUCCUAUUAAUAAAAAUCUGAAGUCUCAGAUGAAUGUCGACCAUGAUGCUGUUCCUGCUUCGUUAUCAAUGUUCAGUGAAUCAGACAUGACGUCCGGUGUUGAAGAUGGCUUGGUGCAUAAACCAAAGAUUGAAAGGAAGCUGUCAAAGCCAUCAACAGGAAAGAGAAAAAACGGCUACCUAAAUAAUGGUGAUUCUGAUCACCCCUCUACUCAUGUAGAGCAAUAUGCAAAUCUGAAGCAAUCCUUUGGAGACUCUUCCAGUGGAGUUACUUCUCAGGAUAGCAUCCACAAGCGCAGACCAAACACUGAUUCUGAAUCUUUAGGAUGUAUACAGAUACAAACUCCCCUAAUGAACGCAGAGUAUAGUCAUACUCAUACUUCAAAAUAUACUUCCCUCCUUCCACCUUUUUCUGUAUCUAGGUCUGAACAUGAUGGACAUCCAUCUCCUUCUUUCAAAGAUCCAUCAUAUGCAUCAAACAUGGACAUUUCUCAUGGUCAUCCUUUGGAGGCUGCUGCCUUGAAAACAAAUGAUAACAGCAGAAAUCCGUGUCUCUUCCAUGAUACAGAACUGCUAAGUGGGGGUUUCAAAAGUGAAAAUAUUCAAAGUUCUACGCCAUUCAAAAGUCCAGGUCCAGCUCAGGUCCAGCUCAGAAGGUAGGUCACCGGUUUGAAGAUGAGAAUGAAGGCCAUAGUGAAGUUGGAGGAACUAGCAUAGGGUUUUCACAAGAAAUAGAGUCAUCAAAUGUGCAGGAAAAUUCAUCUAUGAGCCCUGCACUGGCUUAAGGUAGAGUUUAGGUUAGGUUAUAAAGAUGAAAUUAAAUAUAUAAUUCAAUACAA